AUUCCAAAAAAGGCAGUGACAAGUCCGUGGGGAAUUCACAAAUACAGUGGGAGAAGCUCAGUACAGAUCUCGCUCAAAAUGACGACUUUAUCGGAAGAUCAAAUAUCUGAACACAAGGAAGCUUUUAUGCUCUUCGACCGCAGAGGCGAUGGAAAAAUUGAUUCAUCGCAACUGGGUGAGGUGCUGCGAUCUCUUGGACACAAUCCUACACAGGCUGAAGUCAAAAAGGCUUUGAACGAAGUCGAUCCCAGUGGUUCUAAGCGCAUCUCUUUUGAAGAGUUUUUGCCUAUAUUCCUGUCCUUUGGUCAAAGAAAACCCACCCUAAGUUCCAAUGAGGGUUUUGUGGAUGGCCUACGAGUCUUUGACAGAGAUGGUAGUGGCCAGAUAUCUGCUGCUGAGUUGCGUCAUGUGCUAACAGGAUUAGGAGAAAAAAUGACUGAAGAGGAAGUUGACUUGCUCCUUAGUGGUUUGGAGGAUAAUCAAGGACAAAUAAACUAUGAAGAAUUUGUCAAGAUGGUUAUGACUGGGUAACUUUCACUUUUCCAGAUUAAUUUACCUGUGGUUCAAUGAUGCUGUAUGAAUAAAACUGAUUGUAACACUUACUACAGAUAAGUUAUCGUCAUCAAAAUGAUUAUCAAACAAGAGCCUUAAUAAUAUAACUGGGAUUUACAAAGUAUUGUUCAUAAUUUUUCUAUACAUUUGGCAGUUUUGUAAUUUUGGAAGGUCAGUAGAUACUUUUGCAGAAGAAAAAAUAAAAUUGGACAGCUUAUUGAAAACUCAUUGACUCCAUCUCAUAAUAAAAUAUAUUAUAGGUA